GGGAGAGUUUAAGAGGAGAUCAAUGAAGCCAUGACUGUACGCAUUUAGAUUUUUGGGGAGGACUUUUAUUUGCAUUCUCUGAAUGGCGCGUUCCGCUUGACGUCAUAAGCACUGCGCCCACGCUCUCUUCUACGUCAGCUGGAUAAAGGUCUGUGCUUUUCAGCAUUCAGGACUGUGAGGAUGGAGCUCAUUAAAGUGGAGAGUGUGCAUCUGACUGAUCUGCAGCCGGUCAGAGUCAAAGAAGAAACCCAGCAACACACAGAAGCGAAAAGUCACGGCCAGAAGGACAAGGACGAGGAUCCUCACAGUUUGGCAGCUCCGCAGAUGGAGAAGAGAGCCAAGAAGUCCUUCCCCUGCCUGCUCUGCGGAGAGAGCUACAAGCGUAAAGCAGACCUGAAGGAUCACAUGGGGAUUCACAGCGAGCGGCCGUACUCGUGUCUGCAGUGCGGGAAGAGCUACACGCAGAAGAUCAACCUCCAGAAUCACCUGCUGAUCCACGACGGAGAGAAGCCCUUCACCUGCUCGCAGUGCGACCGGAGCUUCACGCGCAAGGGAGACCUGAAGAAGCACAUCAGCGUUCACUUCGGAGAGCGGCCCUUCACCUGCCAGCAGUGCGGGAACAACUUCAGGCACCAGGUGAACAUCACCAGUCACAUGAGGAUUCACACCAGAGAGAAGCCUUUCACGUGCCUUCAGUGUGGAAAGAGUUUCACUAAUAAAGGAAACCUGAAGCUUCACAUGGGAACUCAUAUGAGAGAGAAGCCUUACAGGUGUGAUCAAUGCGGAAAGAGUUUCAUACGUCAAGGGUUUCUCAGUUAUCACAUGCGAAUUCACACGGGAGAAAAACCUUAUUUAUGUGAUCAGUGUGGAAGGAGAUUCACGCGCAGACGACUCCUGAACGAACACAUGCGAAGUCACACCGGAGAGAAGCCUUACAUGUGCUCUCAGUGUGGAAAGGGUUUCUCACGUAGUGAAAACCUCAAGAUUCACCUGAGAAUCCACACCGGAGAGAAGCCGUUCAGAUGUGAUCAGUGCGGAAAGAACUUCAUUCGUAAGCGACUCCUGAGCGAUCACAUGCGCAGUCACACCGGAGAGAAACCUCACGUGUGUGUGGAGUGUGGAAAGGGUUUCUCACUUAAAGAAAACCUUAAGUGCCACAUGAGAAUCCACACCGGAGAGAAACCUUACAGAUGCGAUGAGUGCGGAAAGAGCUUUCAAUUUAAAGGAAAACUUAACCAUCACUUACGAAUUCACACCGGAGCGAAACCUUUCACGUGCAAUCAGUGUGGGAAGAGUUACACGCAACCGGACAGCCUGACAUAUCAUCUGCGCUCUCACGCUGGAAUAAAGCCUUUUAAAUGCAAUCAGUGCGGUAAAGCGUUUAUUCUGGCCUCACAUCUGAAAAAACACAUGAAGGCUCAUGCGAAUGAGAGGCCUUACUUCUGUUCUGUUUGUGGAAAGACGUUUUCACGGCUGGACUGUUUUAAAAUGCACCAUAAAGUUCACACCGGCGUGAAAGCUCACUAGUGCUCUGAGUGCGGGAAGAGUUUCAGAAGAGCCGGAGACUUGAAGAUUCACCACAGAAUCCACACUGGAGAAAAACCCUACAAGUGCUCGCACUGCGACAAGAAUUUCAGUCAGUUAGGACAGCUGAACAUACACGAGCGAGUUCACAGCGGAGAGAAACCGUACCAGUGCCCUUCAUGUGAGAAGGGUUUCAGCUCAUCACGCACUCGACUGGUUCAUGUGAGAAAGCACUGUACAAAGUUGGCAAAGUGAGCAAUUUGCUGUAACCAAAAGAUGAAAUUUUCACCUAAUGCAGAAAAAGAUGCAGUUUCAUCUACGACGCAUGCAGGGAUUACGGU